AUGGGUAAGAAUGUUAAGCUUUCAACAACGGAAUCGAUAGUCGCUGGAUCAGUGGCAGGACUUGUAUCUGGUUUUUCUUUUCAGCCACUUGAAGUUCUUCGUACUAGAGCAAUAGGGACGAAAGGCGUUAAUUCAAUCAUAAUCGCUCGAAAAAUAAUUUCAUCGGAUGGCUAUUCCGGUCUUUGGAGAGGAACCGUCGCAAGUCUAUACCGCCAAGUCCCCGGGAUCGCCUGGUUUUAUGCUGUGAUUGAAAAGAUGUCUCCAAAAACAUCCACAGAUAGAGUCGCUGCUGGUUUUAUAGCUCGUUCUUCUGCCACCACAGUUUUUCUCCCCCUCGUUGUGAUAAAGACCCAGAUUGAAUGGGGAAAUGGAAAAUCGAUUGGCGAGGUGGCUAGGAAUAUCUACAAGAGCGAAGGCGUCAGGGGAUUCUGGAGAGGGCUGUUUCCGACGCUUCUAAGAGAUGGACCUUACUCAGCUCUUUAUGUUCUGUUUUACAAAUCUUUACAGGAUUCAUUUGGUUCGGAACGAGCGAGCGUUAAUUUCCUUCUUGGUAUUCUCGCUGGAGCAUCAGCAGUGAUUCUAACCCAGCCCGCAGACGUAUUGCGCUGCCAUCUCCAAAUCGACCAGCGUAUUGGACUGGAAAACUUCAAAUCUCACAUACGCGAGCGAGGCAUUCUACGAGCUCUAUAUCUCGACGGUAUUGGUCCUAGAAUAACAAGGCGUACGCUCGUUUCCGCCGUCAAUUGGACCAUCUUCGAAGAGCUAAAAAGAAGACUUUGA